AUGGCCGGGCCGCCACGGCAAGGCCGCGUCCCCGGGCACGGACAGCGGCAUGCUUGUCUUCAAACGACCAGCCGCCUCCGCCCCCGUCCAGGUGGCCUCAAGGGUGGUCAGGGGCGGGCCCUUUCACGACACUUUUACGACAGCGCGGUGCCUUCCCCGCUACUUACCCGGACCGGGUCCGUUAGUGAGGGCUGCGGGGGCCGUUACGGUGCUGCCUACCGCCGCUCGGCGCGUGGACUCUGGCGGGGAACUGGCGCGAGGCGGCUGACGCCAAGGGCCGGGCGCGCGGGCCACGAGGGGAGCCCCGGAGGCGACGAGAGAGGGAACCGUGGUGUGGAGAAGAAGCGGUCACAUUCCAUCGGGGAGCGGAGCGGGGUGGGGGGGGGACACGACGUGGGCCCACGGGUUGGGCGGGGAGACAACGAGCUUGCGCCCCGCAGCCUCGGUCUGCUUCUUCCGACCAGGCAUUGGCAUCACGAACACCCCCUCCUUCCGCUGCCUCCUUGGGAAUGUCUGCCGCGCUCCCAGGCUCAGAACCAGGGUUUAAAGCCUGCGGGCGCCCGUCCCGCUCCUACCUGGGGAGGACAGGUGGUGGACUGGAGGAGGCCACGCCCUCCCCCCUUCCUUAGAGCUCUGGCCGGCCUAGAAGCGCGGCGUCUGUCGGCCCUGGAAAGGGAAGGCGGAAGGUCGAUGUCAAAGCCUGCCCUGGUGCCUGGAAUGGACCUCUCCUCACGUGUCCUGUGAAGUACUCAUCUUUCAAAGCCUAGUUCAGGUGACCACACACCUACCAAUAUGAAAGACACUGUGAUAGGCAUUGUUAAUACAAAGACAAAAAAGAAAACAAUCUCUGCCCUGAAGAAAUUUACAGUUGCCCUUGGAUACCAUAUCUCUUCAUUUCAGCCUUCUCAUUAUGCAUGGAGGCAACCAUGGCUCACUGAAGAAUAUGUUUGCAGAAUGAAGGCUUUGCUAGAUUUUACUAAGAUGGAAAGGAUUUGAGUAUACAUCUGUUAAUAGAAUGUUGUGUUUUAAAAAAUAUCCUAACUGUG